AUGGCUGAAACUGCUAUCGACGUUGCUGCCACGGCCCCUGCCGUCGUCGCCUCUCCGCCAGCUGCCAAAGCACCACCGAAGCAGGCGGCCAAGGCUAGCAAGAGUGACGCCAAGAAACCGAAAAAAUCUUCAACCCAUCCACCAGUGAGUGAGAUGGUUCUGGCUGCCAUCCGGACCCUGAAGGAACGGAGCGGAUCAUCACUGCAGGCGAUCAAAAAGUACAUCGCCGUCAACUACAUGUGUGACGUCGCCAGGCUGGCUCCGUUUAUCCGGAAGGCUUUGAAAACGGGUGUCGAGAAGGGAAACAUCACCCAGACCAAGGGUACCGGUGCUUCCGGAUCGUUUAAGGUGACGGUCGAAGCAAAGAAACCGGCUGGCGAUAAGAAACCACCAUCGGGUGCAGCGAAAAAACCGAAGAAAUCGGCUACUAAAUCCGGGGAGAAGAAAAGAUGGGUGGGUAAUGUCUAG